UUAAUGCUACUACAAACUACAAUGGUCAGGAUAAUGGAUUUGGAUACUCAAAACUUGAUUGAUCAAUACAACUUGGCUGAUGAAGAACGCUUGGCUGAUGAAGAUAUGCCGCCAAAAACUCUUGGUGAGAUUGAGACCUUACCUCAAGAAGCUGCUUCUUCUAGGACUAAACAAGGUACAAGUAGUUCAAACCAUUAUAGUAGACGUCAUGCUAAAUGUUGGAAAAACUUUACACUAGGAAAGAAAUAUGUUGAUGGACCUAAGGCUGGUAAACAUGAUGUUACAUGCAAACAUUGUAAGAGAAAUUAUUGUUUGAAUUUGAGUCGAAAUGGUACUAACACCAUGAAUCGCCAUAUGCGAUCUUGUUCAAAGACUCCUGGGAGUACACCUAGCAUUAAUAAGAAGCUGGAUAUGAUGGUAUUUAGAGAAAAAAUUGCAAUGGCUUUAAUUCAGCAUAAUCUUCCAUAUUCGUUUGUUGAAUAUGAAAAGAUUAGGGAGGCUUUUACUUAUCUAAUCAUUCUAUAGAGUUUUGGAGUAGAAAUACCGCAACAUCAGAUUGUUUCAAGAUUUUUGAGAUGGAGAAAAGUAAGCUUAAGACAGUUUUAAGUAGAGUUCCGGGUAGAAUUGGUUUGACAACUAGUCUUUGGAGAGCUUUAACCAUUGAAGGUUAUAUUUGCUUAACAGCUCACUAUGUUGAUGUGGA